AUGCUUAAGGCGAUCGGCUCGCUUCCAAACUGCGCGCAAUUGUGUCUGGCGACAGCUGUAGUUGAAUCACCCUGCCAACUUUCGGAUAAGCAAUGCGUAUGUGCCAACGCUGAGCUCCAGAGUGCAGCGGAAAAAUGCGUAAUUUCGUCGUGUACAGUGAAGGAGAGCUUGACCACCAAAAACGUUACUUCAGCCCUCUGCGACGUGCCUGUUCGCUCGGAAAUUACCCAUUUACGCGUGGCAAACAUCGUCUUGGCCGUAGUGACAGGUUCCUGCAUCCUCUUACGCUUUGGUUACCACGCAUUUUUCAACGUCAAUGGGCUUAAUUGGGACGACUUCUUUGUACUAGCCACGGUGCUUCUAGCCAUACCCUCUGUCGUUAUUGUCGACAGGUGUAUGCUUCCGAAUGGCAUUGGUGUCGACGUUUGGAACGUCCCAUUUGACCACAUCGAAAACUUUAUACGAUGGCUAUACGUCGUCACUCUACUAUACCUCAUCCAAGCUGCCUUAGUCAAGAUUACCCUUCUUUUCUUCUUCCUACGGAUAUUCCUCAGACGGCGAACAGUAAAGCUUUUGUGGGGGACUAUCAUAUUUGUUGGAUUAUGGACCUUCUGCAUCUUCAUUCCCGCCUCAAUCCCAUGUCUGCCGGCCAGUGAUUUCUGGACAGCAUGGGACAUGGAAAGGCCAACAAAAUGUCUCAACAUGGAUGCGGUAGUAUGGAUGCAUGCGAUUAUAGGCAUUGCGUUGGACGUCUGGAUGAUAGCCAUUCCUCUAUACGAGGUUUAUCAUCUCCAGAUGACGUGGGUGAAGAAGUUCGGUGUGGCUUUGAUGUUCUCUCUUGGUACCUUUGUCACAGUAGUGUCCAUCCUCCGCCUGAAGUCACUCUUUUUCUUCGACGGGGACAGGAACUAUACAUGGAAGCAAGCGAAAGUCGUUCUGUGGUCAAUGUACGAGCUCCAUGUCGGAGUAAUAUGCGCCUGCAUUCCGACUCUCCGCUUGAUCUUCAUCCGCGCAAUUCCCACGGUCAUCAGCUCGAUACAAGGAAGCACACAGAGAAGCAGCGCAAACGGAAACGCGAGUAGAAGUAGAAGUCGUGGCACAACUCAGAACGCAGACACGUUAAGGAGUGACAGAGGUGGGAAAGAAGGCCUGGCCGUUGAACCCAACACCAUUACGUACACCCGGACUUUUGCAGUCCGGCACGAGGACCACGAUGAGGAGGCCGAACUUGUCCACAUGGAGGAUUUAAGUGAUAAGACGUCAAGAGAACGAGGUGAUAGCUAUACUAGUGAGCUGAGCCUAUAG